UGCGGAAGAUUUUAAUGCAAAGGAUGUUUUUUGGUUGGACACCCCUGCAUUACGGUGCGCGUCGAGACAUCGUUGGGGCCUUUCCAUGGCGUGGGGGGGCAGACAUCAACGCGCGAGACUUGGUUGAAUGGACGCCAUUGCACUAUGCUUGCAAAUCUGAGAAAAUAAUGGAUGAAUAGGUUGAUGGUGAAAACGAAGAGCCCUACGUAACCAUCGAUACAUCGGCCUAUGAGUCUAUCCAAUCGCUCUUGGGAGCGGGCGCAGACAUCAACGCGCAAGGCAGAGAUGGAGUUGCGCCCAUACACUGUGCCGCAAUCACAGGGUUUCUGGAAGCAGUCAAGUUGUUGACAGAGGCGGGUGCAGACAUCAACGUUCUUGACGCCUCAGGGAAAACAGCCCUUCACCGGGCAGCAUUCUAUGGAAAACAAGCCACCGUUAAAUAUCUGUGGAAUACCGCAAACAAAACGCUGCGAGACAGGGAAGGAAGAACGGCUUUGCAUCUCGCAGCGAUUUCGGGA